UCAUGGCUCUUCACUCCUCAACCUCCUGCUUAUUCCUCCAAAAGCAAAAGCAUCUUGUUGCAAGUUCUGAGAAGAGCAACAAUGGAAGACAGAACAAUCGUAUUAACAGUUGUUAACAAAGCAUGGGCAACUUCAGGCUCUGUUCUUGACCUCUUCCUUGAGAGCUUUCAAAUUGGUCAAGCUACCAAACCCUUGUUGAAUCACAUUGUGAUUGCCACUCUUGAUAAACAAGCUUUUCGUUACUGUAAUUCAAUUCAUCCCAAUUGCUUCCUUCUCAAAAACUCCUCUCCCAAUCAAACUAACCGUAAGAUUCAGUCCAAAAACCCGGAUCAUCCUACUUUUGGUGCCGGUAUAAUCAAUUUGCUCAAACAAGUUCUAGAAUUGGGUUACAAUGUCGUUUUCACGGAGGCAGAUGUGAUGUGGCUUAGGAAUCCAUUUCCACACUUGGACCCUGAAAAAGAAAUUGAAGUUACCUGUGAUUUCUCCACUGCAAAUCAACCAAACAUCGAAACCAGAGCAGAUGCAGGAUUCUUCCACGCCAAGUCAUUUGAUUCAACCCUUGAAAUCUUCAAGAUGGUGAAGUUGAUGAGGUUCUUGUUUCCCGAUUACGAACAUAAAUCUUUCUGUGAAAUCCUGGAGUACACUGGAAUCGAAACGAAACUUGGACACCGACUGAAUCAUCUGAAUCUGACGAAUUUCGUGGGAUUUUGUAAUCCAGAAGUAAAGCUGAGCAAGAUCAGUACAUUCCAUGCAAAUUGCUGUGAGAAUACUAAGAGUAAAGUCCAUGAACUCAAGCUUCUCCUUGAUGAUUGGAAGAAGGUUGCCGCUGCUGGUUUCCAAUGGGAGAUUUCCUCGUGGAAAGCUCCAACGAAAUGCAUAGAAUGAGGGCAUUGCAGGGCGCAGGCAAAUAAGUUUGACACCAGCAAAGUAGGGGGGGAGUUCAGAGUUAUAUGAAUGCUUACGUACCUAACAGAAAUGUAGAAACAUACCAGACAAGGAAGUACACAGAGUAUAAUGUACCUGCUUGAUUCAGUAUCAGAGUGAUGCUACUUAUAGCUUUCCCACUACUUACAUCGCUUCGUAGAAUUUAUGAUACAUAGGAGGAAUAAUGACCUCGUGAUAAUUUUCUCAAAAUUCAUAGCAAUCCAACAAUUUUGCGGUAAUCAGUUAACAUUGUGUAGCUUAUUACU